AUGGAUCAGGGCGAGAUUUGGUCUUUCAAAUGUUCGUUUCGGAAACAUUUACUGGAAUAUGUUUUGUCUUUGACAGAAGAUGAGCAGCGUAUCAUGAAACCCGAGGUGGACAUUCUCAUGGCCAUGCAUCUGAUCAAGAAAGCUUGGGUGUCUGUGCACCCACACGUACUGUUCAACGCUUUCAUGAAAGCUAGGUUCAAAUCCACAUUGAUGCAGCCGGUGAUGCAGCCACCAGAGGAUAAAUGCGAUUUCAUCGAGAACUUUACUGACUAUGUGUCCAUUGAUGACCGUCUUUUUGGAGAAGAAAUCGCCUGUUUGGAAUUUGAUGAUGAAGAAGUGGGUUAUUUAAAAUUUUUGUAUCAAGUCUCUUUUCAGUCAUUAGAUGAAUUCGUUUCGCAUCAAGCUAAGCAUCGCAAAGAUGAGUGUGAGGCAGUGAAUGUCCCGGAAGUUAUCUCAAUCAGAGAGACGCAGAAGUUAUUUCAUCAAUUGAAGCUCUUUGCCUUGGCCAACGCUCGUAGUUCGGGUCGAUUAUUGGAGUGUACAAUUGAUUUAAACAGCGCAUUUGUUGAUUCCCAACGGAGAACCAAGCUGAGAUAA